AUGGUCACUACCAGUCCCGAAGGAUCUGGCCCGACCAUCAUGUUUGCCGAGACAGAAGCACCGCGUGAGCGGCCGGCUAUGUCCAGGACCAACUCAGCCGCUCGGUUCUCCAGCAGGCCAAUCCCCGAAACCAAGAUUAGAUCCGAGGGUGAAGCUGGACCGACCGUGUCAUUCGCAGAGCCGGAGUAUAGCGAGCGGGCCACGUCUCCUUCAAGACGGGAUGAGCCGACAGAUGCUCAAAUCAACAUCCCGGAAUUACUGAUGAACUACAAUUUCAAGACUGCAGAAGACAAUGCAAGUGGCUCCAGCUAUUCCAGUCAAGGGCUGCCCCUUUCUUUCAAUGAUCUACCUAGCAGGGCGCAGUACCUGAUACUGAACGAGCUCAUGCGCCAGAACAGCAGUGAUGCGGCAGUGGUCUUGACGACACUGCCUAUACCCGAGGAGGGCACAUGCGAGAGCGAGGAAGCCAGCGUGAGGUAUCUGUCCGAUGUGGAGGUCCUCACUCAUGACCUCCCUCCAGUACUGUUGGUCUUGUCCAAUAACAUGACCGUCACGGUAAGCCUGUGA